AUAUAAAUAUCAGUAUAGUAAAAGGAAAGGCUUGGCAGAAAAUGAGAGAUAGAAUGGAGAGACUUGUGGUGCUUCCUUUCUCCGUCGGAUGUAUCUCCGACUCAAGUGUUGCCGUUUUAUCUCCUCUCUCUAAGCCUCAUCAUCAUCAUCACUCUCCUCAAGGGAUUCGUGACCAAGAAGAGGAAGAAAACAUGAAGAAUGUAUUCAAGUUCCUUGCUGUUUCUAAACCGGAUAUAUCUACCGGUAUUAACCGGCUUUUCAAGAGCUUCAAAACCAUUUCUCAACACUUUGCUUACAAAGAAGAAGAAGAAGAGAGUGAAGAUGGAGGAAUGGAGAUAGGCGUUCCUACAAACGUAAAACAUGUAUCGCAUAUCGGUUGGGAAAGCGGUUUAACCGCGGUUGCAGGUCCAGGUAAAGGAUGGGAAGAUCUCAUACCGCCGGAGCUGCUUGCAGCCGCCGCCGCCGCUACAAAACAAGACGUCGUUAAUCCUCUUCUUCAUCACACUUUAUAAUUUAUCAUAUGUUUUGUACAAGGAUCUAGACAUAUUUUGAUACAUAUGAUGAAUAUCUGAUCUAUGAUGAUGAUACAUUAUAUGAUACGCCGUAUAUAUAUAUCUUGUUAUUACUGGAGUAUA